AUGGUGAAAACUGUUCCUGCAGAAUUGAAAAGUGUUUUGAGCCUAGUUGUAAACAUGGUAAAUUUCGUAAAAUCGAGGGCUCUUAAGACCAGACUUCUCAAAGAAAUGUGUCAUAAAGCAGGAUCUAAAUAUGAUACUCUGGUUCUUCAUACAGAGAUACGCUGGUUGUCGAAAGGUAAAGUCCUGCAGAGAUUUUAUGAGCUUAAAAAUGAGCUGUCAAAACUCUUUAGCACUGAAAACCAGAUUUGCUCCGUAUUUGAACGACACAGAGUGGUGUGCCAAAGUAGCUUACUUGGCUGA